AUGGCGGUUCAAUUAAAGAGUAGUCGUAGCAAGUUUAAAAUAACUGCAACUGCAGGUGCAGUUAUAGUCGGUAGCUAUAUUGUUUUGAAGACUUUUCCACAUCUAACAGAUUCAAUUUAUAAUUACUUAACUGGUAGUGGAGAAGUUGAAGAGGACAAUGAACCUAUAGAAUUGGAGGAAGAAGCCGAAGAUCAGCAAUCGAGAGUUCAGGCAACGGUUGGAAAAUCAAGUAGCGAAUCUCAAGUGGAAAUAUCCAAAUGGUCUGAUAAUAGCUUGAAAAGUUGGUUGAAAGAUGUAAGUACUUUAUUCUAA